CUUCUUUUACCUUUUUAGGGUUUUUGAUCUUCUUCAGAUUUCUUCUUCACCAAGAUUUCCAGGUGUCGAGAUAGAGGGAAGGUGCUUGCUUGACUAUAAUAGUCUGACUUUUUAAGGGGGGGAAAACAGAAUACUAAGUCUAGGUUAUCUUCUGAGAAGAUGGCUGGAGUUCCAGGAUACAGUGCUCUUGCUCCCAAGACUAAGAAUCUGGUUAUGGCGGGAGGUUUAACAGGAUUUGUUUUUGGUGUGUACUACUAUACUAUGAGAGCUGUUGGAAGCUCAGAUGAACUUCAAGUAGCCAUUGAUAAGUUUGAAGAUGCGAAACGCAGCAAUGAGGCUGAAGCAAGUUUGGCACCUAAGCAAUAACUGUGUCCAAUAUGAUGGCAACACUGCAAUUUGGAAAGAAGUUUUGGAUGAUUCUGAAGCAGUAUAACCGGACUUCCAUCAUCUUAUGCCUGUUGAAUAACUACUUGUUUCUCAUGCUUUGCGAAUAUAUGUACUUUGCUAUAAAGAUAUCAAGAUAUUGUAUCUUUUUUUAGCUUUCAUGUUGAGAUAUAUUUUCUUCCUUUUGAA